UACGCGUUGGUUUCCCCUCUUAAACGUUUAUACGCUUUACGGGGAAACGUUCGUGUAGUAGUACACAAGAACGAUUCAUUUUACGCGAUUCGUAUGUAGUUGGGCGUAAACAUGCUGUGCGUGCAUUGACGUGCAGUACUUUACUAGUCCGCUGUUGUAAAUUGAAUGGGAUAGAACGAUCUGGAUGCGUCACGAAAAUGCUCGGUAUACUCGUGGCUGGAAGAUUAGUUCAGACUGAUUUCCAACAAGUUGGAGAGAAUCAGUUUUUGAUUACUGUGCCUGAUGCUGAUAACAUAAAUCAUAUAGUUGUUUUUCUCACUGGCACCAUACCUUUUCCAGAUGGCAUGGGAGGCGCAGUAUAUUUUAGUUGGCCAGAUUCAAAUGCACCUCCCAACUGGCAAUUUCUUGGAUUUAUUUCCAAUGGCAAGCCAUCAGCUAUCUUCAAGAUAUCAAACUUGAAGAAGAACCAUGAGUUUGAGAACAGUAAUGUGGGAAUAUUUGGAGUCGGCAAGAUUUCACAUGUUGCACAGAUUGGUGUAUCCGUGGAACCACUGCCAAUACUUGAGCAGCAAGCGGCUAAUCUUGCUGUAACUACUACAAAUUCCUUUGUGGAUUUUGUGCAAAAAAUGUUAAACAGUUUUGUAAACUAUGUGACAAGUUUUACAGUGACUCAAGCACAAAUGACACCAAAUCCUACCGAGACAUUUGUGCCUCUAUCCACAUUGCAAAGCUGGUAUGAGACUUUUGAAAGGCGGUUACAACAGAAUCCAAAUUUUUGGAGGUCGUGAUUAUAUCGGAUUUCGAUCAAGCUUUUCUCACUAUACAAAUAUUCUGCAGCGAUAGUCAAGCAUAUUUUUUGUGCUACGUUGCUGUGAAACAGAUCAUCAAACUCCAUUAUUAGAAAAUGCUACUUUUUUUAAGUUUACGUAAAAAAUUUCAAUAUAUUCACAAGUGACUUUAGAGUGGCAUUAAUAUAUAUAAGUGCAUACAUGUAUUGUUGUAUAAUAUUAUUUUACUUGAUAAUUUUGAAGUACACAAAUUGAUUGCGAAUAGUGAGGCAAAAGGAAAGUAUGAGCGCGACUAAUAGCGCACAGGAAUGCUGUACUUCAGAAGUGCGUUGACAUCAUGAAAUGCCGUCAACUGUCUGAGAAAAG